GCUCGUUCCUGGGACGGCUGUGAUGCAUGAUCAGUCAGACCUUCCUCCCGACCUUCACGGCUUGCCUACCGAGCAAUUGAAACACGGUACUGGAAGGCAUUCGCAUAUCAUUCUCGUUCCUCAACCUUCGGAUGAUCCCAACGAUCCGCUCAAUUGGCCGCUUUGGAAGAAGGACAUGAUCCUUUUCAUUGUUGGCAUGUCGGCGGCCGUAGUUGGUGCCUAUGGCCCCAUGCUGGGCCCUGGCUUUAUUCCAGUCUCAAAAGAGCUCAACAUCUCGAUCAGUGUGCUCUCCCAAUCGACAGCUUGGACCAUUCUUGCCAUCGGCUUGAGCGUUUUCCUCACCAAUCCACUCGCCAAAAUUUUCGGAAAGCGACCUGUAUACUUCUUCUCCAUUGUAUUUCUCGCCGUUGUCAACAUUUGGGGUGCUACCGCAAAUACCUACAAAUCCUUCCUGGGCUCUCGGAUCAUCGGUGGUAUCGCGAUGGCUCCUUACGAAAUCCUGGUUCAAGCUACGAUAGGGGAUAUGUACUUCGUCCACCAGCGCGCGACGCGUAUUGCCGUUUGGAACUUGUUUCUCCUUUGCGGUAUAUCCGGCGCUAGCCUUAUAUCUGGUUACAUCAUCGAGGACCUUGGAUACAAGUGGACAUUCGGAGUCUGCGCUAUCUUUUUCGGAAUCUGGAUGUUCCUCGUCUUUUUCUUUGUGCCCGAAACAGCCUAUCACCGCAACAAACCGGGGAGCGUCACUGCAGCCACGGAAAAAACCUUGACAUCGGCCGAUGAAAAAGGUAUGGUGGAAACCAAUGAAGCGGUACCAUCGUCAACAGACAGCAUUCCGAAGAAGAAGCCAUACAUCAAGACUCUUGCUCUCUUCAGCGGAACCUACACCAAGUCAACUUUGAAGGUUUUUAUUCGGCCCUUCAUCAUGUACUCCUAUCCCUCGGUGAUCUGGGCGCUGCUCCUCUACGGCACGGUUAUUACCUGGAUUGUCGUCUUUAGCGUCGUGAAUGGCGUCCUGUUCCCAAACGUGUACGGCUUCUCCGUCUCUCAGACUGGCCUUACCGCCUUAGCGCCGUUCAUACUCUCCCUGCUUGGCGAAGCUAUAUCUGGGCCGCUUAAUGACUGGAUUUGCGUAAAACUGACGGAGAAGAAUAAGGGUAUCUAUGAGCCUGAGUUCCGCUUGCCCCUUAUGAUAGUCGUUGUCAUCCUAGGCACCGUUGGAUUCUUCGGGUUUGGAGCAACCGUCGACGCGAAGACUCACUGGACUGGUCCGGUAUUGACAUACGGCCUUGCCAACAUGUGUCUCGCUUUCCUCUCGACCUGCGUGUUUGGCUAUCUGCUCGACUGCUACCCUGAUCUCGCCGAGGAGGCCUUCGUCGCUAUCAAUUCGCGCAAUCUGCUCACUUUCGGUCUGACUUAUUUCGUGAACGACUGGCUUGCGAAGGACGGCCCCUUGAAGGUGUUUGAGGUUCUGGGAGCCGCAUUUCUGGGAGUGUCCUUUUUGACAGUUCCACUUUGGAUUUGGGGAAAGCGAGUGAGGGGCUGGAUCGCGGAAAGGGAGUUCUUGAACUCGUUCAUGAAGGACGAAUAAGUCUUACACGUGGGUACAUAGCUGGGGAAGCUGAGAGCUGGUCUAGGCUUUAGGAGACGGG